AUGUCCCAAUCCUUCACCGGGUCUUGCCUGUGCAAGAACAUCACCUACCGCAUCGACCUACCCGCCUCCGAGCCUGUUCCCGAGAUCGUCCUCUGCCACUGCACCAAUUGCAAACACUACACCGGCUCCGGCUUCUCCGCCAACAUCAUCGUCCCACAGACCAGUCUCAAUUUCACCGAGGGCACCCCGAAACUCUACCUAGAUCGCAACGACCGCGGCGGCCAGGUGCGGCGCACGUUCUGUGCGAAUUGCGGCUCGCCGCUCACGUCGCAGCCCAGCGGCGAGGACAGAAUGAUUGUGGUCAAGUCCGGCACGUUAGAUGACGAGAGUCGGGCCAAUUGUGGGAAGUUGAGCAUGGAGAUCUAUCACCAGCGUAAGGAUCGCUGGACGGAUGCACUGGGGCAGGAGGGGGUGCAGAGGAUUAAUGGGAUGUGGUAG